GGGGCUGAGGCCGGGGCGACGCUCAUCGCACCUCCGAAGAGGCAGCCUCGGGUACCGCUGCCUCCGGCAGCUCCCGCGGCCCGGCUCGUUACUGCCUGUCUGGGGUAGCGGGGACUCGGUUGGCCUUAGCGGUAACGAGGGCUGGUGAUGAACUAAAUGAGCCGCCGCUCUGCCUGUAUGUUUCCAGGAGGAGAGGGAGAGCCCCCAGCCCGGGCUUGUCUCCGGAGGGUCCCGCCGUUGGGGGCUCCUGGCCGGGAUGCCCGCUCAUGUGCAUCUCUGCUGUGCCACUAACCCGCUCCACCACCCGCUCCCUCCCUCGCUGGAGCCUGAACCGCUGAGCCGGGAGCGCAGCCCUGGCCCCCCUUUCCCCCUCGCUUUAAGCCCGUCUUUUCCUGGAAGCGGCCCGCCGAGCGGCCGGCCGCCUCAUUUAGCUCGUUACUGGCCACCGGGAUGCGCACAAAGCAGAUGUUGCUCCUGCAGAUUAAAAAGCUCUCAGCGCGGCCGCCCUCGUCCCCGCUAAUGCCUUCCCAGAAGUCCUGGCCCGCGGCCCCGCCGGCUGCAAACAGGCCCUAAUGAGCUGUGCUGAGGGCUCCGUGUGGGGGCUGCUGUCAGCGGGGACCCGGGCUCCCCAGGGCUGAGGAAUGGAGGAGCCAGGGCUGGAUGGGAUACUCGGCACCCGCCUGGGACACGGGAAUGGAAGGGGUUGCCAAACCUGCCUCUUACCCAAGAUGACUCUGUCCAGGCAUGUGGGGUGCAGGAGGCAUCCAGGUACUGUGGCAGGGGAUCCUGACUUGGUGUUGUGCAUUGGGGGACCCAGAUGGGUGCUGAGUGCUUCCAGCAGCCACGUGCAGCUGGACAAAAUGACACAUGGCAGAUAAGCUCCUGUGCCUGCUCAGCCUGUCCCUCAAAUGCAGCAGGAAUCAGAUCAUGCCAGGACAAGGGAUGUAGGAGCAGAGGAAGCCUGCCAAGAGCCCUAGAGGUGGUGCUGCAGCCAGGAGCAGUGGCUCACACUCUGCUGAGGACAUGCUGGGAGGUCUGGGGGGUCCUCCCAGUCUGGUAACAGCCUGGGCAGAGCCUGGGCUAUCAGUCUUCUCUGCAGGGGAUGUCAGAGCUUGCUGAACCCUUCUUGUUAUGUCUUAUUCCCCAAUUCCUUGCAGGGCUGAAGCCACUCAAGGCCACAGGUAUUCCCCAAAGGAGCCUGGCUCUGGGGAGAUGCAGGUUUUGCAAACAAGACAUGAGUAAGAGAUGCAGUUAGCACAGGUGGAAGCCUGGAGAAUCUGCAGAUGGUAUGCGGUCAGGAGCUGGAGGACUUCUGGAGGCUCUGCACUAUGAGUGGAUGCUUGCCAGGAGAUACAGACAGGCAACAUUCCCUUUGAAAACCAGUCAAGCUUGGCAUGGUUUUGGUGAGGAGAUUGUAGCCCUGUUAUUUCUGUAUUUGGGAACUAGGAGAUGUCCUCAGGCUCGGUGCUGGAAAGGGAAGUGGGAUGGAAAGGGAAGUGGGCUGCAAGGACAGUGGGGAUCACUUCCAAAAAACCUGGGAGUUUGGAGCUAGCAGGGACUGUUCCUUCCUGCAGCUGUGCAAGGCACAAAGCAGGAGUCCACCCUCCCAUGCACCACCCCACUGGCUGCCUCUCCAUCCAGACAAAGCCCGUUUUCCAGAGACUCCCACCUACCUGGUAGUUAGCGAAGUCAUGUGGUCACAGCACUUAAUUAAUAAAAAGCUGAUAUAAAUCCCAGUAAACAUGUGGGGAGGAGGCCACUGAGGCAGAGAGCGGUAGCAGCGCUUCCAGCGAGCUCAGUGGAGCAGCGACAGCAACCCCCUCUCUGCUGGGAGAGGUCAGUGCUUACCACGGGAGGGGGCUUGGGAGCGUGCGGGAUGUGAGCCCAUGGCUGUGGGGCUCCCCACAGUGCAGAGGGGUCUCUCCCAGCAAAGAGCUGGGUGGUUUUGUGGGAUGGGGAGAUGAGGAGUGGCCAGCACUGGGCUGCUGGAGCCAGGUUUGGAACCUCAAGGCUGCCCAAGCAAGCACAGGGUUUCCAAGGAUUUGGCUGACAUUUGGUGGAUACCACCUCCUGGACCCUUUACUUUUGCUCCCUAAGAGGUUACCUACUUUUUAGAGCCUUCAGGCCCCCAAAGCCCACAGUCUGGCCCUGCAGCUUCUCCUGUCCCUCAGCUUUGUGUGGUCCAUCUCCCUGACCAGCACUCAGAUUCUAGUGGCACUUCCAGGCUCAGAGCCUGGCAGGAGCCAUGUCAGAUGUUUUGGCCACAUGCUCAAUGGUCUGGUGGCUGCUGUGUGUUGGGCAGAAGAACCUGAACUGACACAAAAAAGAUCAAAUCUCAGUCCAUUCUCUGCUGGUCACCCCUUUCUGUGGGGAGAUCAUGAACGUGCUCUCAUGUGGAGUGCCCCACAGCACAUGACAGAACUUUGAGGGCUCCUGCUCCCAAGUGUCUGUGGGCCCAAAAAAAGGCUCUCAAGUCCAAGGGAACAAACAGCUGGGAGUGGUGGCUGUGCAGAGGCUGACACAGCACUUCUUGGGGUGCUAGGGUAUGAUGGCAGUGGAGGGGACAGGCCAAGCUGCCAGCAGGUGGGCUGAUGCUGGCCAGGCCCCUCUGCACAGGUUGCCCCCAGGACCAUGCUGAACGUGCUGCUGCUGUGCUGUGGGCUGCUGCAGGGGAUCCAGGCUGUGCUGGAUCUCAGGACUGCUGACCUCAGCUGUGGCCACCUGCAGAAGGCGAGCGGUGGGCUGGAACGGGUGGACAGAGCCCGCCAGGCCAGCCUGCAGCGCAAAGGCAAGGAGGCAUCUGCGGAGCCGGCAGGAGCUCUCCCAAGGCUGGGGUUUGAGCAGAUGGCCUUGGGGGUCCAAGAAGCUGAUGGUGACCUUAUGCAGAGAGGCAGCCUGCUGGAACCACAGGCAUCAUCCACAGAACUGCAAGCUGAGGGCCGUGAGGAGCGCUCCCCCCGCCGCUGUGUCCGUCUCCUGGAGUCCUGCCUGGGCCACCAGAUCCCCUGCUGUGACCCCUGUGCCACCUGCUACUGCCGCUUCUUCAACGCCUUUUGCUACUGCAGGAAAAUCAGCACCAACUUCCCCUGCGGCAAGAACUAGCGCCCCUGGGGCUGCCAGCUGCUCGCCCCUGUGUGUGCCUCCUGCUCUGCAGCUCCAAUAAACCAGCCCUUUGCAAAAGCCA